UCUAUUUUUAUAAUUGAGUGGUCUCUGUUCGAGAGGAGAGAGUAAUCAUCCAAAAAUAGAUCUGGAACGAGCAGUGGUCUGUGAACUCGAGCUGUGAGAGUGCUGAGACUGUUUGGUUGAUAUCUCGAGUUUUACUAAUCCAAUUAAGGCGUGUGAGAUACCAAAAGAAAGCUCUCAAGACGAGGAAUCCGUGAAGGUCUAGUUUGCAUCAAUCGGAGUAGAGGAAGGCUUCCAAAUCGUCCGAGCAGAACGCGACCUCGCAGGAACGGAUUUACUCUUCUAAGUGAGUUGUUAAUCCCAAAUCCUUUCCAUUCAUUUUCCAAAUGAUAUGAACGAUUGGUGGGACUAUUGUACACUAAUCCAAGUGUAUAAUAUGCCCUUGAAAAGUUAUUUUAUUGAUGUAAAGGUUAGAUACUAACCUAGAUGCAAAUAUUGGAAAACUAGGAAUCGAGUUAGCCGGAAAACACCCGUUCUAGGGGCUGUUUUCGUAUCAACGAUUAGGGGUUGAAAUAGCAACUUGAGGAGGCUGUUUAGAACCCAUUUUCAAGCAAGGAACUAGUUCCCAAUCUUCCUUGGCCGAGGCUUUGGUCAUUGGAUCGAGAAGGAAGGUUUUAAAGCUCAUUUGAGGUUGAGGCUAGAGCUUGCUUCCUGUGCUCGUUGCUCGAGAGAUCAUCUAGGAGGGAAGACUUGGUUCGUGCUUCCUCCAUUCGUUUUUUAAACAUUAAUAAACAUGCUCAUGGAUAUUUUACUUUAGAGCCUGCGUGCUCAUGAAUAGCCCUGUGUGGCCCUUUGUUUUAAACAAUGUUUUCCGCUGCGUUAUGAAUUACUUAUUAUGUUUGUUUAUGGAUGUUACGUGUGUGAAUGAUAUUCAAGACGCCUUGUAUAAUAUGAAUGUGUUGGACUGCGGUUGACUAUUUGUAUUGUACGGCGGGUUGUUGACGUGUCCGGGGAGGUCCGGGGCGUGACAAUUAAGUUGGUAUCAGAGCCUUAGUCCAUAAACUUCAUAAUGAAGUCUCAAAAUUCUCUUUUCAAAAUGAUUUUUGAAAACCAUGAGCAAAAACGUUUUGUACUUAAGAACUUUUGGUGUUUGAGUUGCAAGGUCUCUAAUUGUUAAGAUGGCGCCCUUAACGAUUGGUAUGGCGGUGACUUGGCCCAAGAGAUGUCUUAAGUGCCUAUCUGUCAGUUGACAUUUGAAACGAGUCUAAUGACUCAUUCUAAUUAUUUCUUUCAGCGAUGGAGGGUGAUGGUGGUAUUAUGAAUAGGGAGAACUCGGAAGGGUUUGCACCGGGUGGAACCGGGCAUGCCAACCGAGAAAAGCCCUUAGGACCAAAGGUGCACGAAACUCUUGAAGCUCAAAUCGUGAGUGGUGGUCAUGUUAAGACCAAGGAAGAAUCACCUUGUUAUGGCAAAACUGAACCACUCAAGGCUUCGGGUGACGAAGGAGAUGAUUUGAGUGAUGAGGACCUUGAUGGUGCACCCAUUGAACAAAUGGGCAUGGUCAUAGAUUGGCUUCAACGUGAACGUGUGAGGCUUAUACAAAAACGCCAAGCUAGGCAAGCUGAGGGCAUACCAUUAGUAAGGAAAAGGAAGCGGGGAGACAACGAUUCCCAAAGACAUUCAAGGAGGACAAACGUUGAGGGUGACAAAACCUUCAGGGCGCAGACACUAUCACUUGAGUGGAGUCGAGGCUUGGGUGGCCCGAACUCGAGGUCAAAAGGUCCGAGGGUACCUAAGUGCAACAAUUGCAAGAAACACCACUCGGGUAAGUGUCAGGACCCUCCCAGGUGCUAUCAAUGCACAGAGGUCGGGCACACGAGAGUGAGUUGCCCACAAAUUGUGCAAAACCAAACUUCGGGGUCAAGUGGUGAAACUACAAGAAAUGAAAACCAAACCGAGGUUUCUCAAGGGAGCAGGGGACAUGGGGGAGCAAGCACGAGCAACGCGCCAUCCGUGAACCAAGGAAGGACCCAAGCUAGGGUCUAUGCGAUGACGGAGGCGGAUGCUCAAGCUAACCUGGAUUCCGUUGAAGGUAGUACCUCUUGUAUACUUGUUUUUUAUCCUUAAUUAGUCCAUAAAUUGAGGUUGCUAGUCGUUGGGAUCAUUGUACGAAGCUUUGGGGUCAAACGGAGCGAAAUCGGGCGAAAGACGGCUGAUUUCCGCCAACGCACCCCAGGCUGGACCAUACGCACGGUCGUGCGUUGUCCGUGCGUUGGUCCGUGUGUUGGUGGCAGUAGCAACCGGGAAGAAAUUGCUAUACGCACGGCCGUGCGUUGUCCGUGCGUUGGUCCGUGCGUUGGUGGCAGUAGCAACCGGGAAGAAAUUGCUAUACGCACGGACGUGCGUUGUCCGUGCGUUGGUCCGUGCGUUGGUGGCAGUAGCUCCGUUUUGAGGUUAUAAGACACGCACGCCGUGCGUACCUCCUAGGCACGCCGUGCGUACCUCCUGGGCAGCCCAAAGUCGACUUUUUCGCGCCGUAUUGCAACGUUAAGACCCGUUCUUGAUCCCAAACAUGUGUGUGAACACAAUAAACCUCUCUAAAUGUAUAAGAAUGGUAGGAAAGGUAUCUCACAUGACUUAUAAAUGUAGGAACACUAAAGAUUAAUGGGAAGGAUGCGCGAAUCCUUAUCGAUACCGGGGCGCAACGUUCAUUUGUGAAUGAAGCGUUCGCCAAGAGGUUGGGAGUGCAAUCCGCACCAUUGAUGCAAACCUUAGUGGUAUCAACACCACUAGGGGAUGACGUGGAAAGAACUUGUUACUAUCCAUCUUGUGGGGUGGAGGUUAAUGGUCAAACCUUGACGUGUGACUUCGUACCGCUGAGCAUGGUUGAAUUCGAUGCAAUCCUAGGGAUGGAUUGGCUAGAAAGGAACCAUGCUAGGGUAGAUUGCUACACGAAGGUUCUUGAACUCGAAGGCAAUGAUGGGGAGACCCUACGCUUCGAGGGCGAUCGAGGGAGAUCAAAUAGCUGUAUCAUAUCCGCCGUGAGAGCGAAAAGUAUGAUGAGAAAGGGAUGCCACGCAUAUCUAGCAUACGUGGUUGACAAAACCAAAGAAGAAAUGAACAUCGAUGAUGUGAGGGUGGUUUGUAAGUAUCCGGAUGUCUUCCCUAAAGACCUGCCGGGGCUUCCACCUGAUAGGGAGAUUGAAUUUGUGAUCGAGGUCGAGCCCGGCACCAAACCAAUCUCCAUACCGCCAUACCGUAUGGCACCCGCUGAACUUAACGAGUUGAAAACCCAAUUGCAAGAGCUUUUGGGUAAUGGUUUCAUUAGACCAAGCCACUCCCCGUGGGGAGCACCAGUUCUUUUUGUGAAAAAGAAGGAUGGGACACUUCGAAUGUGUAUUGACUAUCGUCAACCGAACAAGGUCACAAUCAAGAAUAGGUAUCCUUUGCCUAGAAUUGAUGACUUGUUUGAUCAACUACGAGGAGCAACCGUGUUUUCGAAGAUUGACUUGAGGUCGGGGUACCAUCAAUUGAAGAUUAAGGGAGACGACAUACCAAAGAGUGCUUUCCGCACAAGGUAUGGGCAUUUUGAGUUCCUUGUUAUGUCGUUUGGGUUAACAAACGCCCCAACGGCAUUCAUGGACUUGAUGAACCGAGUAUUCCAUAAAUACUUGGAUCGAUUCGUGAUUGUGUUCAUAGACGACAUUUUGAUUUACUCAAAGAGUGAGGAAGGGCAUGAAGAGCACUUGAUACUCGUUCUUGAGACACUACGGGAGAAGCAACUUUAUGCCAAAUUUUCCAAAUGUGAAUUUUGGCUAAAGGAAAUUGGCUUUCUCGGGCAUGUGGUUUCGGGAUCGGGAAUUGCCGUUGAUAAUAAGAAGAUAGAGGCCAUUACCGAAUGGGAGAGACCAAAGAAUGUCAAAGAAAUUUGUAGUUUCCUUGGAUUGGCAGGCUACUACAGAAAGUUCGUGGAGAAGUUCUCUGUUUUGGCAUCACCAUUGACGAAGCUCACUCGUAAAGGAGCUAAGUUUGUAUGGGAUGAUAAAUGUGAGAAAGGGUUCAUGGAACUAAAGAAGAGAUUGACCGAGGCACCGGUACUUGCAUUACCCAAACAGGGUGUGGGGUACGAUGUCUAUAGCGAUGCGAGCAUCCAAGGGUUUGGGUGUGUGUUGAUGCAGGAGGGGAGAGUAAUUGCCUAUGCUUCACGACAGUGGAAGAAGCAUGAGGUAAAUUACCCUACCCAUGAUCUGGAGCUGGGAGCAGUAGUGUUUGCACUAAAGAUGUGGAGAUAUUAUCUCUACGGAGAGACAUGUCACAUAUAUACUGAUCAUAAGAGCUUGAAGUACGUAUUUACUCAGAAAGAGUUAAACAUGAGACAGAGACGGUGGAUGGAGUUAAUAAAGGACUACCAUCUAGUUAUUGAGUACCAUCCAGGUAAGGCAAACGUUGUAGCAGAUGCCCUUAGUCGGAAGAGUUCGUCUGAGGCAUUGUUGGCUAGUUUGAGGGCACUGAGGGCCCAACUGGAUGUAUCUAGCGACGGUGCCUUAUUGGCACGAUGCGAAGUGAGACCGACCUUACUUGAGGAGAUCAAGAAGGGUCAAGGGACGGACACAGAACUUAUGAAGGUCCAGGAACGCAUGCAAGCGGUACCGGUGGAGGAUUUCAGGGAAAGAGAUGAUGGUCUCUUGUUAUUUCGUGACCGAGUGUGUGUACCGUCAGAUGAUGAGCUCUGAAAGUCCAUCUUAGAGGAGGCUCAUUCAUCGGCUUAUGCCAUGCACCCGGGGGGCACGAAAAUGUACCGUGAUUUGAAAGAAAGUUACUGGUGGUCUGGAAUGAAGAGGGAAAUAACCGAGUACAUCAGCCGAUGCCUUACUUGUCAACAAGUUAAGGCAGAACAUCAGCAUCCAGCAGGCUUAUUGCAACCACUUUCCAUUUCCGAAUGGAAGUGGGAAAACGUGACUAUGGAUUUCGUGGUAGGUUUACCACGGACAAUCAGGAACUAUGAUGCAGUUUGGGUUGUUGUAGAUAGGCUCACGAAGAGUGCACACUUCUUACUAUCAACAUUACUUACCCACUUGAGAGGUUAGCCAAAUUGUAUACGGAUGAGAUCGUGAGGCUACAUGGGAUUCCUAUGACCAUUGUAUCCGAUAGAGACCCACGAUUCCUAUCACGUUUUGGCCAAAAUUCAGGGGUCUAUGAGAAUGAGGUUGAAGUUCAGUACUGCUUUCCAUCCACAGACGGAUGGGCAGUCAGAAAGGGUUAUACAGAUCAUAGAGGAUAUGUUGAGGGCUUGUGCAUUGAUUGGAGUUCCAAGGGAGUUGGGACAACCACUUAGCACUUGUGGAGUUCGCCCAUAACAACAGUUAUCAGGCAAGCAUCGGCAUGCCUCCAUACGAGGCAUUGUAUGGGAGGAGGUGCCGUACACCGUUAUGCUGGGACGAGGUUGGCAUGGCCAAACUCGAGGGUACUGAGUUGGUCGAGAUCACCAAGUCAAAGGUGAAGUUGAUUCGAGAGGGACUCAAAGCGGCUCAGGAUAGACAAAGAGUUAUGCAGAUAAGCGCCGAAGAACCUUAGAGUUUAAGGUUGAUGACGAGGUAUUCUUGAAAGUUUCUCCUUGGAAAGGAAUCAUUCGAUUCCAAACCAGAGGGAAGCUUAACCCACGAUACAUAGGUCCAUUCAGAAUUAUAGAAAGGAUUGGGGCCGUUGCAUAUCGUCUACAGUUGACUCCUGAAUUAGAGAAGAUACAUAAUGUGUUUCAUGUAUCAAUGGUCGAAGUACUUUGGAAGGGCGAUCGGGUCGAAGAAGAGACAUGGGAAACAGAGGCUUUGAUGAGGAAGCAGUAUGCUAUCCUAUUCGGUUAGAGCUGUGAAUUUCGGGGAUGAAAUUCCUGUUAAGGGGGGGUGAACUUGUGACACCGCACCCGAACGUCCUUGAAAAUUCAAAUUAAAAAUUCAAAGUUUAUGUAUUGAAUUUCUGAUUCCCAAACAAUUGUGAAACGAUUGUUGUUUUACGUAAUUAAUGAUUGAUUAUUAUACUGUUCGAACUCGUAUAUUAGUAUCGGGCCUUAUUAAUAAAUAAAAGAGCCUAGCAUUUUCUAAAUAGUGAUACAUAACGUUUCAAGACAAGUUGAGGAGGGGCGGGCGGCCCAGAUAUUAUUUUGAGCCCAACCUGCUAAAAUAGCAAGUAUUCGAGAAUGGCGUUCUAGACCCACUCGGGAGUGACCCACACGGCUAGUAGCCCAAUGAUACGUAUGACAAAUGUAAAAUAAGUGAUUGAAUGAUUAAGGAAGAAUACAAAUGCCUAUAACCCCACCUUUGGCCUUAUUGAGCUAAAUAAUGGGAGUAGGAUUUUCCUUCUAUAAUAUCCAUCAAGUAAAUUAUUGGGAUGAGCCUACACAUAUUGGAGAUCAAUAAUGUGAUUUAAGAAGUUGACUUGUUCUAAAUAAAUUAGGAUGAGUACAAAAAGACAUCUUUGACAAAAGAUAAAACAAUAGGACCCAUUCUUCCAUUUUUGGGUGUAUUGAUAGAUAUUUUGGAUCCCAAAUUAAUUGGGAUCAAUGGGGAACCACUCCACAUGAUAUUAGUACCUGAAAGACAAGGAAAAUAUGUGAGAAGACUCACCUUGGCCGCACCACAUGGAGAAGCACUGCCCAUGACACAAUUGGAAUCAAAUUUUGGGGCCACCACCACUGUUUUCGCACAAACAGGUGUGCUGUUUUGUCUCCCUUCAUUUUGAGAGUUGUACUCGUCCAAAUGAGGUGUAUAAGGUGUCCUUGGAUAGCUUUUGAAGUCUAUUUUUAUAAUUGAGUGGUCUCUGUUCGAGAGGAGCGAGUAAUCAUCCAAACAUCGAUCUGGAACGAGCAGUGGUCUGUGAACUCGAGCUGUGAGAGUGCUGAGACUGUUUGGUUGAUAUCUCGAGUUUUACUAAUCCAAUUAAGGCGUGUGAGAUACCAAAAGAAAGCUCUCAAGACGAGGAAUCCGUGAAGGUCUAGUUUGCAUCAAUCGGAGUAGAGGAAGGCUUCCAAAUCGUCCGAGCAGAACGCGACCUCGCAGGAACGGAUUUACUCUUCUAAGAAUCGAGUUAGCCGGAAAACACCCGUUCUAGGGGCUGUUUUCGUAUCAACGAUUAGGGGUUGAAAUAGCAACUUGAGGAGGCUGUUUAGAACCCAUUUUCAAGCAAGGAACUAGUUCCCAAUCUUCCUUGGCCGAGGCUUUGGUCAUUGGAUCGAGAAGGAAGGUUUUAAAGCUCAUUUGAGGUGAGGACCGACAUCUAGUUGCUUACAACUUGUAGGUUAUGCAUGAGAUUACCUAAAUGCUUAAAUCAUGUUUUUGUGAAUAAAUAUGCUUGAACAUGAUAUGAAUGAUAAGUAAUGGACUUGAUCAUAAAUUGAAACCAUAUUGAUGAAUAUGGAGUCAUGUGAGAUAAAAGUAUGCUAAAAUGGUAAAUUGACCUUCCAACUCAUGUAUGAAUGUUAUGUGUAUGUAAAUGUAUGAUUGCAUGAUGAUGCUUAGCACAUGGGAGGCUGCCACAUAUCUAUUGAUAUGGAGGGGCUACCAUUAAUGAUAAAUGAGUUGUAGGAAUAAUCUUAAUAGUAUUGUGAUGCUAGUUAAGGAUUGUUCUAAAUGUUGAUAGAACCAAACUUAAAGGUUGAGUUUGUUUGUGAUGAACUUGAAUGAGAUUCAAGUGUCAAUUGGGAAAUCAUGGAGUAGGAGAUCUAUGGUGUGGUUUUAUGAAGUAGGAGAUCUAUGGUGUGGUUUUAUGAAGUAGGAGAUCUAUGGUGUGGUUUUAUGAAGUAGGAGAUCUAUGGUGUGGUUUUAUGAAGUAGGAGAUCUAUGGUGUGGUUUUAUGAAGUAGGAGAUCUAUGGUGUGAUUAUAUGAAGUAGGAGAUCUAUGAUAUGAUUAUAUGAAGUAGGAGAUCUAUGAUGCGAGUGCAUGAUGAUGUACUCGAGCCGAACUCUAGAAAUGAGAAGUUGUAUUAGGGUUGGACCCUACGUAUGUCGUGACCAUUAGUCACGGGGUUUUGGAAAAUGUUUUAUAACAAACAUGGGCCUUUGAGCCGACUACUUGACUUUAUAUAAAGUAAGUAUAUAUUUUGAAAGGGGUAAUUUGAGAUUACGGCCUAUACUAUAUUAUCACCCUAUUUGAGGGUCUUGUGUGUGAAAUACUUGUUGUACAUCUAUUAGAUGCCUGCCACACCAGCACUUUAUAGCCCUAUAGAGUGCUGACCCCUUCGGGGGCGUCCCACCACCAUUUUUCAGGUUGAGGCUAGAGCUUGCUUCCUGUGCUCGUUGCUCGAGAGAUCAUCUAGGAGGGAAGACUUGGUUCGUGCUUCCUCCAUUCGUUUUUUAAACAUUAAUAAACAUGCUCAUGGAUAUUUUACUUUAGAGCCUGCGUGCUCAUGAAUAGCCCUGUGUGGCCCUUUGUUUUAAACAAUGUUUUCCGCUGCGUUAUGAAUUACUUAUUAUGUUUGUUUAUGGAUGUUACGUGUGUGAAUGAUAUUCAAGACGCCUUGUAUAAUAUGAAUGUGUUGGACUGCGGUUGACUAUUUGUAUUGUACGGCGGGUUGUUGACGUGUCCAGGGAGGUCCGGGGCGUGACACUAAGAGCCGAGGGGGGCUGGGUUUCCGAAAGCUUCAUGAAUUCAAUAUCUCUAUGCUAGCCAAACAGGGCUGGAGACUUUUGAGGAACCCGAAUAACUUGAUGGGCAGAGUGCUCAAGGCCAAGUAUUUUCCUAAUUCUGAUUUUUUGAAAUCGAAACUUGGGAACAACCCAUCCUAUAUUUGGCGGAGUAUUUAUGAGACACGAGAGGUGUUAAAGAAGAAUGUUAGGCGUCGGGUGGGCCAUGGGCGGGAUGUUCAAGUGUGGGCUGACGCGUGACUACCUGGGCCGAGGGAUGGAAAGAUUCAUUCUGGUAAACCGCCUUUUGUUGUUGAUAUGGAAGUUGCAGCUUUGAGGGAUCCUACUGGCAAAAAAUGGAACAAAGAUCGUAUUAACACCAUUUUUAAUUCGGAGGAAAGCAUGCAGAUUUGCAGUCUCCCGAUAAGUUUGCAGGAGAAGGAGGAUGGGUAUUGGUGGUCGAAAGAGAAGGAUGGGAAUUUUUCUGUUCGUAGUUGCUAUAGGGAUCUUAUGUAUGAGAAUGUUGCGGGAAAUUGGGAUGGCUGGAAAGAUUUUUGGAAUUUAAAAAUUCCCCCAAAAAUCAAAUAUUUUAUCUGGCAGGUCUUGGAUGGAUCUAUUCCUUCUUUUACUAAUUUAGCUAAACGGGGUGUUCCGCUACAAGUUGUUUGUAAAGCUUGUUUACAGGAGGAUGAGUCAAGUGACCAUGCUCUGCGGAGGUGCUCUAAAGCCGCUGAAGUUUGGGCCGCAACAGGAAUUGAUACGGGGAUGGAUAUAUUUGGGGUGGAGGAUUGGCUGAAGCAUUUGCUGUCAGGGACGGACGCGGAGAGGAAAUGCAGGGUUUGGAAGAGGUGUAACUCGCUGGUUUGGGAAGGGGAUUGGCAGCAAUCAGCCGGGCUUCUCAACUGUUGUGCGAGCAUCCUUAAUGCUUGGAGGGAUGCGCAGCAAAUGGGACGAGGAAGGAGUUGCAGCAGACAAGAGUCGGGGCCUGGUGGCUGGGUAUGACUGCAGGCGGGGAAGAGUAAAAUAAAUAGUGACGCAGCAGUGGAUUCGACUCAAGGCAUUCAUGCAUGGGGUUGGGUGGCAAGGAAUGAUCGGGGCGAGUUUAUUAAGGCAGGGGGAGGUUCGUGCAAGGCCGAAUGGUCACCGGAGGAAACCGAAGCCUUUGGGGUGAGAGAGGCACUUAAAGGGGCAAUUGAGGAGGGUUGGGAAGCUGUGGAUGUUGAAACAGAUGCUCAAACGGUGGUUCGGGGAGUCAGGCAAGAGGGAGGUUUGGCAUAUAUGGAUUUACUCCUUGAUGAUAUACAGUUUUUAAUUAAUAGUCAGAGAUGUUUUAAUAUCUCUUUUUGUAGACGAUCUGCGAAUCGUGCGGCUCACGCUUUGGCGAGAACACAUGUCUCUAUCUCAGAUCAUAGUAUUAGUUACGAUAUUGUUCCAG